AGCAGCUGAUAAUUUUGUCAGCACCAUCGACUACUGCCGACCGCUGCCCCAUAUAAAGCUUACAUGAAACUCCGAAAGCGAUGAUGUGGAAAAAAGACCUAAGUUAGCAACCAACCAACCGCCCUUGUAGGGUGGAUUUUUAAAUUAGCACACGGUCGUUCAGAAUUCAGCGUUGUUGAGGGCCUCCUGAUGCUGGAUAGUGUUGGCACACGAAAACAGUAACCUUCUCUAUUUGCUUAUCUUAACAUUCUCUUUUCUACCUUAUUUCCCCUUUUCUCUCUUGUCCCUCUUUCUCAGGUCUUCUCGCGUUUUCUUUUCAUUCCGGGUACCUUUUCACCAAUCAUUCAUACAUCAGAGAGAGCUUGGUGGAAGGAUUAAGGCACCAUACCAUAUAUGGUCAAAUUCAAGAUGGCGGCUGAUUCAGACAGCCAAAAAAGGAAGCGGCUGGAAGGAGCACACUAUAAAAACUCCGAGCUGCCACAGGAAGAUGAGCUACCAACUCUACCGAAACACCACGUUGGGGAACAGCUUGCAGGAGAGUUUGGACGAGUUGAUACAGGUAAAUUAUCUUUAUUUGGUCGGCUACAACAAGAAAAUGCUUUCAAGGGUAGUUUCUUCGGGAAGGAACAGAGGGGCUGGUUGAGUAGCCACGUUCGCUUAAGUCUGUAACUUGAUUUUCCAAUUCACUCGAUUUGAAUUUAGAGACCUGCAGUUCCAGAGACACUUGAAAUUUGCCUCUUUUUGUAAGAUUCUUUGUUUCAUAAGAGUGUGAGGCAGAACCAAACAGACUCGAGGAUUAAUUUCUUUUAUUGCGUAUUUCUUUUGUGAAGUCUUAACCAGAUUGUGAACCCUGGCACAGAAUGUCGACUUCAGCUGGUUUCUUCAUUUCUUCUCGAUACGCACACUUUCUUCAUUUUAUCUACGGCACAAUAUUUCCUCAACAUAUUAAAUGAAUAUGAAUAUUUUCGAUGUAUUCUGGUCGAAGCUGAUAGCCCCCGGAAAAAAAAUACAGUAGUCACGUUGACUCUCUUUGUUUGAAAGUGAAAAAUGCCUUCACGAAGACUGUUAUUUCAUUUGGUUUGAAUCUUUUUCUCUUUUAAAAUGUUAGGCGAGCUACUCCUUGCCUUUUUUUCUCAGUAAGUUUGUAUUCUCUGGUAUGUUCUGUAUUCGUAUGAAUUUUAUGUGCGACAUAAAUUUGGCCACGAAGCCCCAAACUUGUCGUCGAUUGUCACUAGCGUUGCCGCAAAGAAAAGUUGGCUUUACACUUUCACGGGGGAAAAAAUGAAGGCUUAUAGUCCGCUGAUCCAACAGAGCAGUGACAGCCUUCUUCAGAAUAUUUGUGUGCUAUUGCACAGAUCAUGUAAAUACCAACCUCGAUCGACCCAAAUAGUUUCGAAUCUUUUCAACAACAUUGCUGAAUUAAUGCAUUUGAUAAUUUUGCCCUGUCCUCCGGAUUAAUACCAGUCGCUAAUAUCAUAUUGGGUUUCAAAAUUACCAAAUAGCAAAGUGUAGCUUGUGUUGUCUCAAUCAGAAUAUAAAGGGUGUUACUAGACUGUGGAUCAACAGACCACAGAAGCUGCAGAACCUUAAGAAACAACGAUUCUUUGUAAAAUAAACGUAAUCAGAUAAAAUAAAAAGUAAAAAGACCUUAACGCUGUCUGAAAGUUCGUUUUUGGGUAUAAAGAAGAUUACUUAAAAGGAUAAAUAUGUUUCAACUGUCCUUGACGUCCUACUCUAAUUGUGGCAACAUUCACAGUACUAGUACAAGGGUAUGCAAUGUUCUCCUUUUCAGGCAGUAACCGGUAGCAUUUACCGCCUUUAGUACCUCUUAUUACCGUUUAAAAUUGCUUGGAAUUCUUGAAAAUUCAACAGGUAAAAGGAUUGCUUUACCGGUUUGAAAAUUUAUUUUACCUGUUGCGCUUAAAAUAAGGGAGAACACUAGUAUGCAAUGUCAGUAGGAGCGAUUAGCAGUCACCUACCUUGAAUGUCAAUAACUGAACCAUAAUUUGAAAGCUUUAAAGGUUUUGGUACUGCAGUAUCCUAAUAACACCUCAUUUGAAGGCUCUUAACAAACCUUUAGGCUGUAAUUCGUUGUACAUGACCCUGGAAUGAGGAACUUAAGUAUAAAGUAACAUCAUUGCUUGUGAUGACAGUAGAAUUUCAGGGUGGUUGGGGCAUCUGAAACGAAUUUACUGCAUGAACAUAUUUGUAUAUUCAGAGUGAUCAUUGUGUGAACUUGGCACCCUGUGGUUGGAUGUCAAAGAAAUAAAAAAGAAACUUAUUUAUCAUGUAAAAGUUAUCUUCUUUAGACCUGAAUACAAAAUCUCGAAUAGUGCUAAGGUGUUUUUAGUUUCUUUUUUAUUUCAUUAUAAUUUUUUGUACCAAAAAAAUUAAUGGUACCACAGGUCCCAGAGGUUCUGGAGGUUCCACAGUCUGCUGAUCCAUUGUUUUGUAACACCAGAAUAUGAAUUUAUACAGCUUGCUUUUUAUUUGCUAUUCAACUGAAAAUUGUUGUAAAAAUAACAGUUUUUUUGCUUUUAAUCAAUAGUAACCAAAUUUUAUAGAAAUGUGGAAAUUAUUUGUUUAGUUAGGAAAAAUGUUGUUUUACUUCAUAGUUAUCCCUGAAGAUCCAACAGGUAGUUUGGCAAUUGUAUAAACAUACAAACAGUUGUAAGCUAUUUAUGAGAAUUUAGUGAUAAACUAUAACAACUAACAAUUGACCAUACAUCAGCCGCAUGUUCAUGGGGAUAUGAAGCACAGGGGAAAUUUUGAGAGCACAAGAGAAGAGAGAGGGUUGCUGGAGAGCCAGUCUAGCUUCUUGAGUGCUCUCAAAACUUCCUAAGUACUUCACUUCUCCAUGAACCCACAGCUGAUGUGUGAAUAACAUUGUCAAUGCAGUAUUUUGAAUGUUAUUUCUCGAAAUAACUUAGGACUUUCCAAUUUGAUUAUCCUUCUGUUGAUUUACUUUUCAUCUAGAGCUCCUAAACAACUUUGUUAAUUAGGAUGAAAUAGAAAAACCAUCUUGAAAAUCUCAAAACUUGUAGCCAAACUGGUUGGAAGUGCAGGCACUCAUAGAUGAAAAUUAGUAGUCCAAGGCAUUUGUUUGCUGACAUCAUUAGCAUGCAGAAUAGGAUUAUGAAACAUGCUUGCACCUUUGUAUUUGGUUACCUCAAUUUGCUAGCUAUGUUUUAAUAUCAUAUGUUCAGUUCUCCUUACCAGUGAGUGUUCUUUAGAGUAUAGCAAUAUUUCUUCAGAGAAUCUAGAUACUAAUCACUUGUGUCAUUAUUAGAAAAGUGCAUUUAAUUUAUGAAAACGUAGUAAGCCCAAGAGACAAGAUUUGUUCACUAACCAUAUUUGUUAUCCCAUUUUCAGUCACAACAGAUAAGCCCACAGCUAGCUUUGCAAGUUUUACUACAGUUUGAUAAAGCUAUUAACCAUUACCUCUCCAGUAAAGUCAAAAGCAAAAUUUCUUUCAAGGUAGGUAAAAUAUGCCUUGUUUUUUAUUAACACAAGUAACACAUAUUACUGACAUAUACUCAGUUGCUCAGUUUCCCUUCUUUUUCAGGGUCACUUGAACACAUAUAGAUUUUGUGACAAUGUGUGGACCUUUGUGCUCAAUAAAGUAGAAUUCCGAGAAGUAGGAGAACUUGUCCAAGUGGACAAAGUGAAAGUAGUGGCAUGCGAUGGAAAAGGUUUGUGCAGUGAAAUGGCUUUUGACUAGAAACUACUUAUUCUUUAGUUCUAGGUACGAUCUUCUAGGGGAUCUGGAGUGCCUCUCUGAAACAUGGAUCACUUAACUUUUCUUAUUGCCAUUCAACUUCACAUUUAUGAAAGGUUUCAUUCCUAAAAAGUGGAAUAUAUUGGGUUUUCAUCAAGAAAUUUAUAGAUGUAUGAUCAGAACUGAGUAGGUGGUUGAAUGAAAACAUGACAUGCACACUCUCUUGAGGGGUCUGAUGGCAUGCUCCCCUGAAAAAUGUCUUAAAUUGAAGCUUUCCAAAACCUGAUUUUCAGCUUUCUGGGACAUGGGUGAGUAACCUUUUAUAGCCACACAUUGAGGCAAGAAUCAGUUAAAAAAUACAUAUUUUGUGUCUUUUCACAAUUUACAAAGGAGCUGACCCAAAAUUUUCCCUUGGCUACUGAGUUUCCACUGCCUACCAGUUGCUAAUAACAACCUUAAAUAUGUGACUGGUUCCUUUCAUUAUAACCAUAUAGUAAAAAACAAUUUCAUCGCCACAAGACUCUAGAAAGGCACAAACAACAGUCAGAUCUUGUAAAUGAAAAAUUAUCCCUCCUUAAAGUUUACCAAGGUUACGUCAGUUUUUAUUUUUGUUUUUCUUUCAUUGCAGCAUCAGCAGCAGAUGCUGGAGGUUCCUGAUGGUGACUCAACAUUUCCUGAUCCUCUCACUAAAAACAUAGAAGUAACAUCUGUUCCAUAAUGAUCAGUUUUGUCCCUUUUAACCUUCAAAGCAACUAUUACAAGCUGCUGUAACCUACAGGGCUCCACACUUAUGGUUACAGUUGUGUACUUUUUGUCAACUGCAUCAGUGUUGCAAAGUCAACAAGAAGUGUACAUUAGAUUUAGUCUUUGUAAUAAGUAGAUCCAACAAAAUUAGAGCAGGAUCAAGUUUUCCAGAGCUACAAAAGAGGAUUAAUUUCUUGUUUAUUAUUACAGUUUUCAGUUCAAACAUGCACUUAGAAGGUGUACUCUUUUAGUUAUAAGUAACAUUGAACAAAGCAGAGCAGAAAGGAGAUUCCAGUUAAGUGUGAAAUAUACCACAAUCACUAAGCUUUAUAUUUCUGCUGUUAUCUUCCAUAGUUAUGUUUAAACUUUUUCUAGACACAAAUUACAUUAUAUGCAAUAAUUUCACUAGAGUCUUUGAAGCUGGGUACAAAAGUGUUCAAUAAAG